AUGACCAUAUUAUUAAACAUGUCGGAUCUGCGAAGAAUGUACGGUUAUUUUCGAUGCUCAAGUUGCAGAAAAACAUGGGAGAGCUCCCAUGUUUAUUGUUCGCAAGGAUCAUUUCAGGCGAAGUACGGCCAGGAAUGCGAGUCCUGCCGCGUCAUCUGCAUGCCCUACCGUGUGGAGAAACUCAAGUGCUCGAUCUGCGGGCAGCACGACUGCAACUGUCAGAGAAACAAGGACAGACACACCGACCCUAACAAGCCUCAUCGUGCCGACCUGUGUGCCAAGUGUCAGGCCGGCUACCCUUGUGCGUGA